AAUGUUUACCGUGAAUGACCCAAGCCAAAAAAGGUGAGGAAAGGCUGCCAAAUAUUGAUAAUCAAUUUGGUAGUAGAUCCACCGCUGCAUAUGUUCCAUUUGCAAAAUUGAUAGCUGUCAAUGUUUUCUACAAGGUGUAAAAUAUGUUUUGAAACCAGGACUGUCGUCAUAUUAACAAUUUGUCGAAGUUUGUCGACGACUCGGCCCGGCGGUGUCGCUUUGCUCUGACUACCCCAACGUGGAAGUGAACGAAUGGGACUUAGAAUAAAGGAUCCCUGUCUCUGUGCGUUGUUGGCGUUUUUACGACAGUUUUGAAACUUGAGCUGAGUGGUUUUUAGAGGUAAGACAUUCAGAUUUUGAUAUUGCAGUAUGAUUUAAGAUGUCUGAUCUUACAUCCGAGGGAAACGUUCAAUAAAUAUCCCAUGAUUCCAAUCAAUCCAGGGCAGGAGUCAGGCAGAAAAUUUGGAAUGGAAGAUUUAUCGGAGUUAUAAAUAGCAAAUGAGUCAUGUAUGGAAAUCAACAAUAUUGCACGUUGCAUGCAGGAUCAGGAUGCAUUUGGAUGUGAGGCUAGUUCAGUGGAUUGGCAUUUCAACUUGGUAGCUACUCCUGUACUGAUCUUUGUAUGAAGCCUUUUUAAACCAAAGCCAAAGAUAUUUAGUAAGAAGGUAGGACUGAGCUGCUGAUUCUACCCUCUCUGCAGUCUAAGCCAAGAGUAUCUUAAUUUGACUGUGUAUCAACAACGGGACUCUACCCUCUCUGCAGUCUAAGCCAAGAGUAUCUUAAUUUGACUGUGUAUCAACAACGGGACACACGAAUCGGGACAUGGCUAACGUGGGAGACGCUAAUUUCAUGAUGAUGGACCCAGAACAGAGUAUUCCUGCCACAAAGGUCGAGUUGACAGUUUCUGCGAGGAAAAUACUUGACCUUGAUGUAAUCACCCAAUCUGAUCCUGUAUGUGUCCUCUUCAUGAAAGCUCUUGGAUCAAACGAAUAUCGAGAGUAUGGCCGUUCAGAAGUGAUCAUGAAUACUCUAAACCCUGACUUUGUCAAGAAGUUCACCAUGGAUUAUUUCUUUGAAGAGGUUCAACACCUGAAGUUUGAAUUGUACGAUGUUGACUCUAAGAGCCAUGAUCUAAAGAAACAUGACUUUUUAGGAAAGAUGGAGUGUACUAUGGGAGAGAUAAUGGGAAGUGGUGGAAGACUUACCAGACCUCUCAAAGGACCAAGGAAAGAUUGUGGGAAGAUCAUUGUUCGAGGAGAGGAGAUGAGUCAAUGUAGGGACCUGAUGACUCUUCAUUUCAAAGGAGAACAUCUAGACAAGAAAGAUGUGUUUGGAAAGUCUGAUCCAUUUCUUCUAUUCUAUCGCUCAAAUGAGGAUGGAACAUUCACUGUCUGUCACAAGACUGAAGUGAUUAAGAAGACGUUAGACCCGGUAUGGAAGCCAUUCAGUGUCAUGCUAAGAUCUUUUUGUAACGGUGACUAUGAUAGAACACUCAAGGUGGAAUGCUAUGACUGGGACAGAGAUGGAGGACAUGAUCUCAUUGGAGUCUUUGAGACCACUGUAAGAGAACUAUCAAGGGGACCAGGCCAUUCUAAUGUAUACCAUCUCAUUCAUCCUAAGAAGCAGAAGAAGAAGAAAAACUACAAGAACUCAGGUCUGAUCUUCCUAACAGCGGCCAAAAUUGAGCCUCAAUUCACCUUCCUUGAUUACAUUCAAGGAGGAUGCCAGCUAAACUUCACUGUUGCCAUUGACUUCACCGCCUCUAAUGGGGACCCUCGGACACCUAACUCCUUGCAUUACAUGAACCCUUAUCAACCAAAUCAUUACCUGAGAGCAUUGCGAGCAGUAGGGACAGUCAUACAAGAUUAUGAUGCUGAUAAACUCUUCCCUGCCUUGGGUUUUGGGGCUAGAUUGCCUCCUGCUGGUGUUGUAUCCCAUGAAUUCUUCCUGAAUGGCAGUCAGGACAACCCAUAUUGUGCUGGGAUUGAGGGAGUAAUAGAUGCGUACCAGAAAGCAUUACAUACGGUUCAACUCUAUGGUCCUACCAACUUUGCACCAAUCAUCAAUCAUGUUGCAAGAUUUGCUGCUGCUAAAAGAGAUGGCUCAGAAUACUUCAUUCUUCUCGUCAUUACUGAUGGUAUCAUCACAGAUAUGGAGAAAACAAAACAAGCUAUUGUCAACGCUGCUACACUACCCUUGUCUAUUAUCAUUGUUGGAGUCGGAAAAGAGGACUUUUCAAAAAUGGAGGAGUUGGAUGGUGAUGAUGUAAGAUUAUCAUUCCAAGGAAGACAAGCCGCAAGGGAUAUUGUACAGUUUGUUCCCUUCCGUGACUUUGAGAACUCGGACAACAUUGUAAUGAGCCAGGCUCAACUUGCCAAGGAAGUCCUGGCUGAGAUUCCAGACCAGCUUGUCUCCUACAUGAAAUCAGCAAAGAUCCAUCCAAAGCCUCGAAGGGCAUCAAUUGCUUCCACCAUGUCAUCUGUCUCUGCAUCAGCGCCCCAACAUGGGUAUUGAGGAAACUUAAGGGAAAAUAAUCAUCUUGAGGUGAUGACUUUGGAAGAUUGAUGAAGUCUUGGUCGAGAUUAAUUCAUACUGUUAUGGCAAAUACCAUGCUUCUAGUUUGAAUUGGAUUGGUGAUAUGUAACCACGGAAGUUGACCAGAAGCAGAGCGACUGAAGAUUAGCAGAGGUAUGGUCUCAGAUGUGAAUCAUGUAAGAGAGAGAUUGGAGUUCCACAAGGAAAGUUUUUUCACCUGUUGUGUUUUGUAUGCCAUCAAGGCAUUUAUGCAAAUAUCACUGAUUAUGUGAAAAAGGAUAAGUCACAGUGGGCUAGGAGUGCUGUACAAGACCAUGUUAGUGUAAUUUUAAUAUCAAUGUUAUUUAGAGCACAAUAAUUGGUCUGUCUUUCAGUUGGAAUGUUACAAUUUUGUUAAUUUCAAGUUCUGUUGGACUUACAAUGUGAUGAUUAAUUACCUUUGCCAAGUUAUGUAUUCAUCAUUUGUAUUAUCGUUCUUAUAGUUAUAAGUAAUAUGGGGAAGGUGAAAAUAACAGUAAUUAAAUGAUAAGAAUUUAAUGGAAGAAAUCAGAGAGGCUGACAUUAUGAAUAGUAUUGAAGGAUUAAGUAUAUGCUAAUUAUAAUGAAAAAUGCAUAUAAUCCAUGUAGUGCAUGCUGUUUUCUAUAGGCAUUUUUAGUACUCAUGAUGUAGACAUAUUGUAUAGUUUUUAUGUAAAUAAACUAAAUAUAUUUUGAUGUUGUGGAGGGGAUACUGUAUAAUAUCUGUUGAGCAUUUUCUUUUUUACUUGCAGCAUUAUUCCUGAGAACAACAAACUGUCAAAUGUGCGCAUAAAAAAAUUGUGUGACAGCUUUAGAGGGUGGGAUUUCUUAACUAUCUCUGACUUUCAUUAUUAACUGCUUUUUCCGAUUUCCAUUUAUCAGAAAAAAGAAGAUUCUAUGCUGACCAGGCAUAUACAUGUAGCCUAUGAAAGCAUUCCAAUCAUUCACUGGUUGUGAAAUAUUCAAAUGAAUUUGUGUUCAAGUUUACAUUUCCUUCUACCACUUGGGCAAGAGUCCAUAACCUGCAAGACACAGACCUACACUGGGCUUCAGCUGAUUUGCUCUCAUUUACUUCUGAUUUUUUGUUUUAUUUCUAGAAAGUUUUUUGCUUUCCAAAAUUGUUUACUUUAUGUUAAAGCCUUAGAUCGAUUUACAUUUCCUUGAUCAAAUGAUGUAUCUUUCAUAUUUUUGAUGUGCCUUUAUACAGUAUGUUUAAAUAAAAUGUUUACACUUAGAAAUAAUCCUGUAAACUUAUAUAUUAGUAAUAUCCUGAAGCUUUUCCACAUUUACACAUUGGUACAGAUAUCUUUAGAGCAAAUGACGAUAUAAAUUGAAAAAUCUUUCCGCUUGAGUGAGCACCGCCUACUUCUUGAAAAGUUUAUGGAAAAUGAUUUGCGCAGAACUUUUAAAUAGAUAUGAAUAAAAGUAUAUGUCAAUCACAAAAAAAAACUGAAAUUCUAUUUAGGAAAACUGAUUUACCUUUUUAGCGUGUUUCCUUGCCCAAAACACUUCAUUGAGGGCAAUUUCACCCCCCUCCCUCCCCACACACUGAGGCCAUCGUGAUGACAUCUGCUUUACACGGAGCAGUGAUUCAUAUGAAAUGGCUUAGGCUUGAUUUUCCUUCUGUUUAUCAUUGUCAGCUUGGGAAAAGUGUGGAGGAACAAGUAUCAAAUU